GUGGACCUAGCAGGACAGUUAUCAUCACCAAACAAAGUAGCAGACGUGGGCCACCACGUGGAGAGACUGGGACCCUGAACCCUGUCCCUGGGGGUGACAAAACAGUGCAGUUGUUAGAGAGAAGAACACGGAGUUCCUCAAACAUUAAAGUAGAAUUAGCAUGUGGGGCUAGUACACGCCACAAGAAAGGAAAGCAGAGGUCGAUUUUCGGGUCCUGGUAUUAAGCAGGGAGGAUCUAUCGGGCAGAGGAAACUGGACCAAGCACAUGGCGUCUCAGUGGCAGGGCAUGAGGACCUCCGUGCGCAGACGAUCACUCCUAAAGGAGGAACAGCUAGAGAAGGAGGUGACCCGGUCUGCUGGAGGUCAUCUGGAGACCGGUCCCUUGGGAUCCAUGUGCAGACAGUUCCAUAGGAGGCUGCCACUGAGAUCGGUCAGCAUGAACCGCGGUAAUGGCCCCUCCUGGAAACGCCUGGAAACCCCAGAGCCAGAGCAGCAAGGUCUUCAGGCUGCAGCUCGCUCAGCCAAAAGCGCCUUGGGUGCCAUGUCCCAGAGGAUCCAGGAGUCCUGUCAAAGUGACACCAAGUGGUUGAUGGAGACCCAGGUGAGAGUGAGGAGGAAUCGAGGAGCCCAGAAAGACAGAGGAUCGCCAUCACCCAGUCUGAGUCAGAAGAACACUCAGCUAUGCAGAGCCAACCGGGAUGCUAGAGAGCGAGGACAUCCUCGCCUCUCUGGCCAGAUGGGUCCACAUGCCCAUCGCCGUCAGCGGCUAAGGAGAGAGGCUGCCCUCCGGAGCCCCUGUUCCUCCACAGAUCCUCUCUACUCUCCCAGUGAGUCUGACAGCGACCUAGAGCCUAUGGGAGCUGGAAUCCAGCAUCUUCAGCUGUCUCAAAAGCUGGACAAAGCCAUCAAGGCUGAAGAGAGCAGUGACAUGAUCAUCUCCCUUAUCCGUGAAUGAGGACAGCAAGCAUCCUACAGGAAGCCAGCUCUGUCCAAUCACCA